AUGGCGUCCCGCUUGGCUCGAAGCGCUGUCGGCGCGAACCUCCUCAGGCCGACCCUGGCCCGCCGCACUCUGCCCGCCAUCUCGGCCUCGAUCGCCGGCGCCCGCAACGCCUCCAACGUGCCCGCCGAGGACCCCAAGAAGAAGGCCCAGUCCAUCGUCGAUGCCCUCCCCGGCAACUCGCUCCUCUCCAAGACCGCCAUCCUCUCCUCGUCCGCCGCCCUCAGCGUCUACGCCAUCAGCAACGAGUACUAUGUCGUCAACGAGGAGACUGUCGUCGCUUUCUGCCUGCUCGCCGUUUGGGGCGGUCUGAUCAAGUACGGAGGCCCGAUGUACAGCGAGUGGGCCCAGGGCCAGGCCGACAAGAUUAAGGGCAUACUCAACUCCGCCCGUGCCGACCACACCCAGGCCGUCAAGGGACGCAUCGAGGACGUUCAGCAGAUGUCUGGCGUCGUCGACAUUACCAAGUCCCUCUUCGCUGUUUCCAAGGAGACCGCCCAGCUCGAGGCUCAGGCUUACGAGCACCAGCAGAAGACCGCCCUGGCCGCCGAGGCCAAGGCCGUCCUCGACUCCUGGGUCCGCUACGAGGGCCAGGUCAAGGCCCGCCAGCAGAAGGAGCUCGCCGAGAACAUCAUCGCCAAGGUCACCAAGGAGCUCGAGAGCCCCAAGGUCCUCCAGCAGAUUCUCCAGCAGAGCAUCGCUGAUGUCGAGAAGAUCGUCUCCUCCAAGGCCCAAUAG